UAUUAUUGUUUGAUAAUUCCAUAGGACUGUGGAGCAGGCAGGAUGAGCAUGUGCGGUUUGUCUGAGUAGGAUGCGAAUCAUGCGAGACGCUUUAAUGGAGGGGCCAAAACAGACACGGGAGAAAGAAAAGGCCUUGAAGACAGUCAGGUUCAGAGUGGCAUCUGCCAACAGUGGCCGCGUCUUGACGGAGGUGUUCAAGGAUCAAACGACCUGGUGCGGAUCAGCGCUGGAUUCAGCGGACUCCGACUGCACCGGCAGUCCUGAGGCAGAGCCGGGAAGCUCGCCACCCCCCAGCGAGGCCAACAGUCACCUGAAUGGCCUGGCGGUGGAAACCGCUGUGGACGAGAACGGCUUUGAACCCGAUGACCUGCUUGCGUACGCCAGUGCCAGGAGGGAGAUGCUCUUCAGCAACAAACGGAUCAAUAUCUGCAGCAAGAACGGGACAAUACGAGGAGUGAGGAACAAAGUGAGCGCGGGCCAAGUGCUUUUCAACAACCUCUCCAACGUGUACGCUAGUUCACUUCGUCAUCAGAAAAAGAGACCCUGGGAAAAGGAAUAAGGUUCCAAUAGGAAGUCAAUAGGAAGAAAGGCCCUGUGGCUGAACACAGGAAUCCUCAUCUGAAGCACAAAUAUGCAGCCUAAAAAUCAUAUUGGAAAAUUCUGUAAAUCAAUACAAAUGUUGCUGUUUACUAAUCUCUGUCAAGUACAUAAUCAUGCAUUUAUAUAUUGUGAAUCUUUUUUACGAGUGCAACACACUGACUAAACAACUGAAUGUUUUUUAAAUACAGCUAAAUGGUGCAUGUGCACUAUAGUGUGAGUGAAAAAUAACUGGUAAAUUAAACAAUUAAAAGAAACAUCACUCAACACUCUGAGAUGUUUAUGAGGAUUUAUGAGGAAAACGUUUUUGAAUCGAUAUUGUGAAUACAGUUUUGCUUUUCCUUUUCUCUUGUUUAAGUGCAGUAGAUUUUAUACAUUUUAUACAGUUUUUAAAUAACGUUUGUGACUGUUUAUUUUUAAAUUGUUGUCUGUUGAUCAGUAAUAGAAUCUACACUGUUGCCCUUUGUUCUUGUUGGCUCCACCAAAUAUUUCACACAUACUGUUUGUGUGUCAUGCAAUGCAACACUAGAGAUAAAUUAUAUAUAUUCAUAUAGUUCAGAUACCCUCAAUGACGUGUGCAACCACUAGGGGAAGGGAAGGACUCAGCAUAGAUCUGACUGAUCUGAGGCUGCACACUGUGAUCCCUCAUGUGUUCUGAUCCCAGUAUUUAUUUUGUUUUCAUGCUACCUUCUGUCUCCCACAACAUCACCAUCUGACAAGCUGCUGCCGUGCUAUCUGGUUCAUGAUAAUAGCAAACUGAUACAAAUGCCAAGAAUCAAAAGUGUAAGGGUGACCUAAAAGUGUAAAAGUUGGUUGGAGCCCACAGAAUCUGGAGUGAUGAUGCAAUGAGCAAGUCCCUAAUGUCACUAAAAGCUGAGUUGAAAAUCAGGGUCACAUUUCCAUCACCCCAUAACCUCUGAUUAUGAUAUAAAUUAAUCAGGUGUAAUGUUUAUUAAAGCCAUAAAUGCACAACGUGAAUGUCCGUUUGUUAUUUAGUAACAUGCUCAGCAGCUACAUUAGCAUGCUUCCUUAAUAAUAAUGCAUCGCAAUUGUUUCAUAAUACAACAAUGUAAACAACAAAGUAAGAGUAAUCA